AUGUGUGGAUUCACUAUCUGGGUCACGAGCAAUGACAACAAGUGCGGCAACUACCUCGAGCUCGUUGGCGACGAGGACAACCCGAACAACCUCAGCCCUUACAUGGUAUACCAUGCGGACGAUCCUAAUUUUACGGCCUGCGACUACCCCCAAUGUCGUUACCACCCAGAUCAUCAGCACGCGCCAGAAGACAGAGAGAAGACAUGCGACCAGCUGAAUUGUUGGAAAGGGCCGUACGUCGCCACAUACUUGUUCGAAUCUCAUCUGUCUGACGAGGUUUACCAGCUUCCACGGACCUCCUCAUCUCGCGUGGUGUGA